UCCUCCUCCUCCUCCUCACCCCACUGGAUACAGCGAGGGAGACACUGCGGCGGAGGCGGCGGCGGCGGCGGCUCCUGCGGGGGGAAGGAAGCGCCCGGAGAGCGGAGCGGCGGGAGGCUGCGGAUCUGCGUGCCUGGCGCCCACCCAGCCCGAGGGGAGCCCCCAGGAUGCGGCUGAAGCCCGGCGCGCUCCUGCGCUUCUACAGCCUCUGCGGGAUCCUCGUACAAGUGGCUGCUACAAAGAACAAAGCUAGAGGCAGCCAAGGGCAGUUCCCACUGACACAGAACGUCACAGUUGUUGAAGGAGGAACAGCAAAUUUGACCUGCAGGGUCGAUCAAAAUGAUAACACCUCCCUCCAGUGGUCAAAUCCAGCUCAACAGACGCUGUACUUCGAUGACAAGAAAGCCCUGAGGGACAACAGAAUCGAGCUGGUGCGAGCGUCGUGGCACGAGCUGAGCAUCAGCGUCAGCGACGUGUCCCUGUCGGAUGAAGGGCAGUACACCUGCUCCUUAUUCACCAUGCCUGUCAAAACUUCCAAGGCUUUCCUCACCGUCCUCGGUGUUCCUGAGAAGCCACAAAUUACUGGAUUUACCUCACCAGUUAUGGAGGGAGAGAGGAUGCAGCUCACUUGCAAGACAUCUGGUAGCAAGCCAGCAGCUGAUAUCAGAUGGUUCAAGAACGACAAAGAAGUUAAAGAUGUUAAAUACUUAAAAGAAGAAGAUGCAGUUCGUAAAACAUUCACAGUCAGCAGCACGCUGGAUUUCCUAGCAGAUCGCAGUGAUGAUGGUGCAGUUGUAAGUUGCAGAGUAGAUCAUGAGUCCCUAAACUCUACACCUCAGAUAGCAAUGCAGGUUCUAGAAAUACACUAUACACCUUUAGUUAAAAUCAUUUCUUCCAAUUCAUGGCCUGAAGAAGGACAAUCUAUAAUUUUGACUUGUGAAUCCAAAGGAAAACCAGUGCCAGAACCAGUACUGUGGACAAAGGAUGGUGGAGAACUACCUGAUCCAGAGAGAAUGGUUGUCAACGGCAGGGUUCUAAGCAUCAGCUUCCUAAACAAAACAGACAACGGCACGUACCGAUGUGAAGCAAAAAAUCCCAUUGGCAGAAACAGCACAGAGUAUGUCCUGAUAGUGCAUGAUGUUUUCAACACUUUGCUUCCCACUACUGUCAUCCCCUCCCUUACCACUGCAACAGUCACAACCAAUGUAGCCUUAAAAGCCAGCACAACCACAUCUGCAACAGCCACCAGCAUCAGAGAUCCAAAUGCUUUGGCUGGACAGACUGGACCUGACCACGCUCUUAUAGGAGGAAUAGUGGCUGUAGUUGUGUUUGUAACACUAUGUUCUAUAAUUCUCCUUGGUCGAUACCUGGCAAGACAUAAAGGAACAUAUUUAACAAAUGAAGCAAAAGGAGCUGAAGAUGCACCUGAUGCCGACACAGCCAUUAUCAAUGCAGAAGGCAGCCAAGUCAAUGCAGAGGAGAAAAAAGAGUAUUUCAUUUAGAUGCAGAGCUAGAAUCUUGGAGUUUUUCUUAUCAGGCUGACUGCUGGAGAAAACUGGCUAUCAUUUCUCAGAAUUCAUUUCUGCCAUUUUCUGCUAUCUUUAUUAACUCACAUUCCUGCUAUAAGUAGCCAGUUUACACCAACAACCAGCUGUUGACAUCAUCAUUCUGUAAUUACAGUAUCAUGCAUAAAACAGGACAUUUCUUAUUGCCUAAAAAUCAUAUCCACUGCUCUCUUAACAUACAGUGCUUGAAUAUACAGCCUUAACAAUGUUAAUCAUCAUCUUAAUCCAAGUUUUCUACAUGUUUAAGUGUUAUGCAGCUUUCUUUUCCAGUUUUCUUUUAUCAUGUCCCUACUAGUAUGUCAUAGAACAAAAUUCAUAACAAGUACUAUUAGGUGAGGUCCUAAUUUACUUACAGCAAAUGUUAAGUCUAAGAUUAGAAGUUUACAAAGAAUAUUUUAUACCUGUCUAUCUAUAAUUCAAAAAGCAAAUUGUUUUUGAAACAUAUGCCCUUGGAAACACAUAUUGAAAUUUGUUUAGUAUAGUUUCCUGUAUGUUUGGAUUUGGUGGGAAAAAAAGACCAGUCCAGUGAAUUUCUUGUUUUGUUUUCCUUUGUUUUGUUAUGAUUUAAAUGGUACCUUGACAGCAGUGCCAUGUUUCAGUGGUUAAAACAUGCUGAAUAGCUAUACAGAUUCUGCAAAUUUAGGUAAUAGAGCUUCUUUUGAAACAGCUUUCCUACCCUUUUACUGGCUUUUGGGAUCACAAAGAUUAGAGAACUUUCUGAGUAAUUUAUGUUUUUAUAAUUUAUUUGCUAAAUGUGAAUUCACCUGCCUACUCAAAUUUGAUGUGUUCAUGGGGCACAAUUGCAAGGCAUUUUAGUGUCUGUAUAUAGUGCAUAUAAUAAAUUCAAUUAAACACUACUUGAUACAUAUUCAACUUUUUUGGCAGUAGCUAAGUCAGUCACAAGUAAGCAUUUUCUAAUGUCCAUUAUAUCCCUUUAGAUAUGACUCAAAAUGAAUAUUCUGAGUAGAUAACAUGUGUUAGUAUUUUUUUGUCUGUAUGUCCUAGCACUGUUCAGCAGCAAACUUUUCUAGUUCUUGUUAAUUUUUUCUUUGUUAUACAAUGGAAGCACAAUGUUAUAUGGAAAGGUAGUUUUAAGCUAACAACCAGUGCACAGCCUCAGGUUUUAAAUUACAACCACAUUUGAUUAUUAUCCUUAAAAAGUACUAUUGAGUUGCUAAAAUUCUCAAAUUUUAAUUUGGCAGUU